GAUUUACUUAAUAAAUUAACACGCAGACUUACACGAUACUUAAUGCAGUGCUUUUCACCACAAAUCAUAUUUUUACACGACCCUUUAUCGAAUAAUACACGAGGUUUUAAACUCUACAGAAAUAUCUCCCUUGCAGGACCUUCGACGAUCCAUUCAAGCCAGCAAGUUUGGAGAGCGUGUUGAGUUUAAUCAAUUCAUAACGUCGAGAUGGAGCCGAACUCACUGAAGUGGGUGGGCUCGACUUGCGGUUUACAUGGACCAUAUAUAUUCUAUAAAGCCUUUAAAUUUAACUGGGACGGCAAACCGAGGCUUCUGUCUCUCGGAGACUUUUUCUUCGUCAGAUGUAAACCGGAGGAUCCUAUUUGCAUAGCGGAGCUUCAGCUGCUCUGGGAAGAAAGAACAAGCAAGCAACUUUUAUCAAGCUCCAAACUUUAUUUUCUACCCGAGGAUACUCCCCAGGGACGGACAGUCACCCAUGGAGAGCACGAAGUAAUUGCAGUGUCUGAGAAGGUGAUUGUGCGGCUGGAGGACUUGGUGAAGUGGACGGUACCAGACUUCUCAGGAUGGACCCACUGUCUGAAGGCCGAGCCUCUCAAACCCUCUGUGCUUCGAGAGCUGGGGACCAAUGGGAGGCGGGAAGCCCUCCACCGCUACCGGGAGAGCACCCUGACCAGCGGACUCAACUUCAAGGAUGUCCAGAGGGAGAGGGCACAGCUAGGCCAGGAGGAGGAUGGGCGUAAAGUUUUGGUCCUCAGUUACCCCCAGUAUUGCCGUUUCCGCUCCGUUUUGGCGAGGAUCAGAGAGCAGCCGACCUCUCUGCUCAUUGACCACACGGUGUUGGCGCUGGGCGGCAUCGCUGCGUUGGGCGGUAGCACGAGGAUCCUGUACUGCCGUGACACCUUCGAACAUCCUGCCUUGCUGCAGAACGAGAGCAUCUGUGACCAGUUUGCUCCUAACCUGAAGGGGCGACCUCGGAAGAAGAAGCUGUCCAUCUCUCAGAGGAGGGACUCUCAGAGUCAGGCUCAGGGUCAAGGGUCACUGGGGUCAACCCAGGGGUCAACAACGGUGGCAGCACAAGACCCCUGCAGCCCAGACAGCAAAACCUCCUCCAAGGUCAAACCCAACUGUAAAACGGUACCCAAUGGAAAAAUAACGCCGGCAGCCAAACACAAGGCCAACAGCCUCAGCAAGAAAUCCUCAGCUGAAGAGAAGGAGAAAGGGAAGGAUAGGGAAAAGGAAAAGGAAAAGGAAAAAGAGGAGGAGAACGAGGCGGAGAAGAACGAGGAGGAAACAUCAGAGGAGAGCCGAGCUGAGGAGCAAGCUUUCUUAGUAGAGCUCUACAAGUACAUGAAAGAAAGAGACACGCCCAUAGAGAGGAUCCCCUUCCUCGGCUUCAAACAGAUCAACCUUUGGACUAUGUUUCAAGCUGCUCAAAAACUAGGAGGAUAUGAGUUGAUCACAGUCCGCAGACAGUGGAAGCAUGUAUAUGAUGAAUUAGGUGGGAACCCCAGCAGCACAAGUGCCGCCACGUGUACACGGAGACACUACGAGAGGCUCCUCCUACCCUAUGAGAGGCACGUUAAAGGCGAGCAUGACAAACCCCUCCCCUUAACCAAACCCAAGAAGCAGGAGGGCAGCCAAGAGAAGGCUUCAGGAGCCAAAGCCAAAGGAGUUGGGGCCAAGAAAUUCAAAAGCCCCAACAAUCCGAAGCUGGGGAGUAAAAAGGACAGAGAGGAGACAGUGAAAAGCCAAGAACAAUCCCAGGACUCCAAUGAGAAAGAAGAGAAUCAUGAGCUGUCCACCGCCAUUAAACAGGAGGUGUCUCUGAGAGAUGAACCCAUUGUAAUAGAGGAGGAAGAGUUGCAUCUUACCCUAAAGAAAGAGGAGUCCUUGGCAGUGGAGCAGCCAUCUUUGCUCUGCCCCAAAGAGCCAGACUGCAGAGCCCCACAUGCUGGUCUACCCCUCUACACAGGGUCCGGUCCCCAGCCUGAAUGGAGGCAAAUCAGCAAAGCCCUCCAAGCAAAACUCUCCUGUGAACAGCCAACUGAAGGUCAUUUCAUUCCUAAAAAACCCUACUUGCCUCACCGUUGGGAUCAGAACAAAUCUGCUGGACAUGUUGCUCUGCCCGAGCCCUCCUCCAGGGUCAAAGACUCCAUCGACGGUCAUGGUGGGAGAGUGGGGAAAGUCUUACCAAUGUGUAAGCAGGCAGACAUGCACUGUAUAGACUUGAGCACAGAAUCCUUCACAGAGAAAGAAGACUAUGGGAUCGUUAAGAAGGAGUCCAUUCAGGGCCCCACACAGACGGCUGCCUACUGCAAAGCCAGCCAGGGGGUCAUGUCUCCUUUAGCCAAAAAGAAGCUCCUCUCCCAAGUGUGUGAGUCCAACCCUUUCUCCUUUACUCCUCCUUCUCUUCAGCUUCCACUUCCCACAGCGACUUCCUCUCUCCCUGUCAUAUCAGUGGCUGACAGGGAGCAGGAGAAGAGAAAGUGUGAGGAUGAGGUGGUAGGACAGGGGCAUGAGUGUGUGUCAGACAACAUCCCAGAGGUAGCGCCCAUAUUCAGGCCAUCAGUCAUCCAGCAUGCUCAGAGCAGCAAGCCUCACCAACAAACCGCCAGUGGCCCAUCGGAGAGGAGCACUGCUGGGGAGCUCUCAGAGACUUACCGCUGCCAGACGGGUCAUCACCUCCGUCCUCAAGUCAAUCCACCAUGGCAGCCCUAUCUCCCCCAAACCCAUGCCCAGGAUGGUGUGGAAAAUGGUGGUGAGACGCUACUCCAGGGCCCAGCUGCUCAGCCCCGUAGUUACACAGGUGACUGCUACUCCUCACCUCACCUCCACAGUCUGUACAGGCAAACUGAGAACUGCCUGAGCCAGGAGAGGAUGGUCGGCUUCCCUAACGGAGAUCAGAGAGAGCGCUACACAAGGGACCAUGAAGGCAGCCAGGGCUUUGUCUGUAGUGGCCUGGAGCAAGAGGGCUUGGCCUACAGAUCUCACUACAGUGACAGGACUCAAAUACAUAGAGAGAGGAGAGAGGCAGACGAUGAGCCCAGGGACUUUACAAUCUCUAAACCUCUCUCUCAGAGGGUCUCCUCCUUCUCCAAGCCCUCCUUCUGCAGUCUCCCAUAUCCUAUCAUGCACCAGGGUUUGGAUUCCCACCCCAAGGCAUGCAGAGUUCCUCCUAUGACCAUCUCUCCCCCCAAACAGAGCCCUGCAGAGUUAUCGCAGCCAUUUCCCAGCCCAAAAGCUUCAAAAGAUUCGUCCCUCACCAGCCCAAUUCGACCCAGUAAGCGAAGCCUUGUGGAAACCGAGAGUGAGGAAAUCCCAGAGAGGAAAGUCCGUGUGGUGACACCAAUCCACCCUGCUGGCGCAAUUCGACGCAGCGACCCAGAAGAGCUAAAACCAGCUGAGCCAGCUCAUGGCGUUCACCUCAACAACCAUCUUCCUGAGGGCCACCCAACAACUACCUACCCCCAACACCACGCUGCACCCCUCUAUACUGCCAUGUACCCCCCCGGCAGCCUGGUCUCCCCAGGAGACGGGCUCCAGCAGCACCCGGGUCUGCAGUACCUGAAGAGCCAGUCAGCAGUGUCUCCCCUCAUGCCCCCUUUAGCCUUUCACUCCAUGAUGUUCCACAGGCAGCUGCUGGCCGCCAGCCCUAGCCCGCACCCUUUCUACAGGCACCCAGGCGGGGCAGCACUGUACGGGGACCUGCUGCACCACCUGUACCCUCUUUCCACUCUGCCACCACCUCAGCUGUCCUCGGUACACCCCAGCACCAGACUGUGAGGGAGAGAGGGUGAUUUGUUUCUCCCUCUCCUUCCUUAUCCAUAGAAACUUUUUCAGCUUCUCUUUGUCUUUCGGUCUCUCUUGCUCGGGGAUUGUGGCUCAGUCGAAAAUAAACACUGAAAAAAACUUUGGCUUUGACUGAUAAACUCAUCAUUUAGGCAGACUGAAAAUUCCAUUUUCUUUUUUAUUUGUGUAUGCAUUUGUUUAUAUACUUGCACUGUUCUUUAUUUGUAUCACCACUUACUGUAUCUUUUUGUUGUUGUUGUAUCCUUAUUUGCACAAUGCUCCUGUGUAUGUGCUCACAAAUCAGUUUGCCGCUCUCAGUCACCAUGAGUCAGGUUGUUGCUCUGAACGUGUGAAAAGUGGAGGGCAACAGGGAAAAGCCAUUUGUUUACUGCGUCUGAGGGCUAAACUUUUUUGCUUAAAAACACUACAAGUAACAUGAAAAUGUUUAUGAAAUUCUUUGUAUAACUAGAAGUGCGUUCACCAUCGCAAACAAUGUUCCACAGCUGUUUAGUGCAUUAUUACACUUUAGGCAGCCAGUGGUGUUGGCUCUGUUUACAUGCCAUGCUGAAAGCUGUUGCCAGUUUGUGCCACAGUAAAUUCACCUGGACUCCUUGGCAUGAACAUUAACACUCACUGCGGUGCUGAAUAUCAUGUAAGCGUUAUAUCAUAACAUCCAGAGGUGCUCUGUAUAACAUGUACUGUAGACUCACGUUUUACUCAGUUCAGGUUUUGAUUUGUUAAGCAUUUCAGUCCAGAUCAUAAGCAAUCGAAGCCGUUGUCAUGUUCAGUCUGUUGACGAAUCACAAAUGUUUUUUGGUUAGAGUUAAUUAAAAGCCGUUUUAAUUUUUACUUCCUAAAUUGAAAGUAAUUUGAUCCCAAAACCCCUUGUGAUGAGUAGACUGUAGCAUCUUGUUUUUUUUCUGUAGGACCAGCAUAAUGAAGCAGCCGUCUGCUGUGGAAUGCUCACCACAAGAACUCAGCAUUUCAUCUUUUUGUUCUUGACUUGAAAAGCUUCUUCUUUUUUUUUUUUUGGUGAACAGAUUCUUUUUAUUCAACAUGCUGAAAAGACUCGCUGUAUGAUUUGAUAGGAAUGUUGUCACUUAGGAUAUUAAUGCUUUGCAAAUAUCUGUGCCUUUUGCAGUCUUGGAUUAGUUAGCACUACAGUUGUUAAGGUCUAUCUUCUGUAGCAGGGUAGAAAUAUCAAUAUUACUGUCACUCUUGUCUGAAAUGCAGCACAUACGCUCAUACAAAAACUAUAUGGCACACUUGGCUUUCAGACACCAGACUUGAUAGGCACAAAAUAUAAAGUAAAAAAAAAAAAAGUGUAAACACUUAUGCUUUAACCUGAUGGUUAGUAGUUAUACUUAAAUUACUAUUUACUUAGCUUAACCAUGUCAAGCAGUCAAUUAUAGAAGAACCUGAAUAGAUUUACUGAUAGUUGAUAUUGACACAGGUCUGGUGUCUGUCAUCCGCAGGGCAUGUGUGUUCUAUGGGUUUUCUAGCAGUGAUGAAAAGGUACCAGACUCCAUAAAGUAUGUCAACCAUGCUCCAUAGCUUGAGGUGGAAAGACAACACCUGCUCUAGCUUUUACAACCACUAUAAUUACAAUCCAGGAUAGUUGAAAUUCACAAUCAAACAUGUCUGGUGUUUCAAAAGAAGAAGAAAAAAAAAGCUGUAAAUGUUUAUAUGUAAGGUAUUACUGAAUACUUAGAUAAAGACAUUCAUUUCUGAUUAAGUACUGUACAUUGCUGUGUGUAGGUUAAACUGGCAUUAGUGCUGGGUCAUGUACAGAACAUUCAUACGGGAUCAAUUCAUGACAACCCCUCUCUGUUGUCUUAUUUUCUGUGUAAAUAACACUGUAGAUAGUACCGCGUGGUUGUUAUCACAUAAACUGUUAUAAUCUGUAAAUAGUAUAAAAACAGUAUAAAGGUCGGUUACACAAUCUAGCUGUGUCCUUGUUUGCUUUCAAGGUCACCAUGAUCAUGUUAGAUUUAAACAAACACUACAGUUUAAGAAUUAGGAUAGUUUUUAUCUGUUGCCGUUUCACUUUUUUCAUGUUGUUUCCAUGUUCAUCCUGAAAGUGUUUUGAUACAGUAGCCAUCUGUUUACCAAUCACCCAGCUGGCGAGCAAGAUAAAAAAUAAAGACAUUUUGUAUAUGACCUUCUGUAUAUUUAAUUAAAAUAUUUUAUCUAUA